CUGCAACAUCUCAACUCUAGGCUGCUUAUCUGGUUGCCUGGAUUCUUGAGUGCCACCCAACGCCUUCCCUUCUGGUUACACCGCAGCUAACCUUCGUAUGACGAUGGUUGGCUUCCUGCGGAAUCCUGUUGUCUGAGCUGAGGCAAAGACGAUCGCACGGCGAGCUAAUCACCCGCGCUGGCGCCCAUAGGCAGCAGCAAUAGUGACGACGACCACCGCCAGCCUUUGUCUCCUCCUUAUCGACCCCGGGUUUCAGGCCCUUAUCCUACGGCCUAGAUUCCUUCCAGUCAAGCUUGAUCCCUUUUCUUUCUUCCUGAUCGCCUGCAACCCCGUCCCUUUCCAUCCUCCUCCUGGCCGUGUAGCACCAACCUCACCCGUGUGCUGCUUGGCUUCUCCAUUCAUCGACCUCAUUUUGCCUCUUAACGGCCUGGGAGCGGGACUUUGCUCUUCCGCGACCGUUCUUUAUCGCCGAAGAUGUUCAAACCUUUCCAGAUCAGGGAUCUUCAUGGAUCUCCGUCACAUACCUCCGCAGAAGAGUCCUUGACAUCAUCCCCCAAGCCCUUGUCGAGGGAACUGGCAUCGCUGAGGACUCGUCGGGGCAUUGUGCAGCUGUCUGCCUCCGAGUACGACAACCUAUCGUCGAAGCAUCCGCGGGCACGGCUGACUUACGUUGACGACGAUGAUGGCGAGCUCAUCACGGUUGGAUCAUCUCUUGAACUCUCCCAACGCCUCGAUGAACCUGUCGACCCUGCAACGGAACCAGUCCCGAUACCGCAAGCUGUCAUUCCUGAACCGAUGCACCUUUUCGAUAUUCGACGGUCAAAUUCGAUAACUGAGUUGUGGAAGAAGUUUGAAAUCAAGCGGGAUGUUCAGACCGUUCGGGAUACGGAUAAUGUUCAGGCCAAGUCAGCAACCACGGACGUCCCAGCAGACGUACAGUCAGGGGUGGAGCAUGAGCCUGUAGAGACUAGUAACGAUGAGACGGCACCACUUUUGGCUGCUUUCGAGGCCGAAAUGGCCAAGAUCAUGGAUGCUUCCAGGACCGUGAACGAUGGUAAUACAUCAGAAGGAUCUCCAGCAUCCGCAGAGGAACCCACCGGAACCGAAGCCUCUAGGCCUCCAAACCCCACCGAUGCAUUCACGCAUGCCAUACAGAACCUGAUCAGUGGGGCUGAAAGGCUCAGUUCUGGGGUGAGGUCGAGUAUUCCCGAGAUUGAGCGUCAUAUGCAGAAUGCCCAAAGGGCCCUUCCUGAAAAUGUCGGGACCUCGGUCCAGGGUGCCCUUACAGCCCUGGAAGCCCACAUGAGGCAGUUAACCACCUCCAUCAAUAAUUCGACAGUUGCUGGUAUGCCGACAGGCAACAUCCUUCGAGGCGAACUUCCCACAGCUGCCAACACCGUGGAUAGUCUGCGCGCGAUGGCAUCAGAACUUGGCAAUGUUGGACAUACCUUAUUCGAGGCGUUCGAGUCUGAGUUUGGGUGCAAUCGAACUAGCGGUCAGCCCCAGGCUUCCCCGGAAGAGCAUCAUGGUGUGCUCCACCCCGACUACGUGGAAACCCCCAGACCGUCUGACGACCAGUCAUCCCAGAGUCAAGAUAUGGGUAGCGAAAAGACUCAACGCAAAGAAAAAGACCUGAGGAAAGAUUCUGGCUUCGAAAAUAGCUCAAAGGCAGGCAGUUCCGGUCAACCAAGCGGCCGUGGCCAGACGCAGUCAAAUUCACUUCCUUUCCGACCUCAUCCUCUUUCUCAUCGUGGAUAUCGAGGUGGUUUCAUCCCUCAAGACUGUUGCCCUCCCCUACCACCUCAGCCGUUUUCUCCGCAUUCUCAUCGCCACCACCCUCCUCCUCCUCUGCCUUUCUUCGGUCCGCCCCCUCACCACUGCCCUCCGCCACCCCCAGGUCCUCCUGGUUACUGGCCGACGCCCGAGGGUUUGAACCACUUAACUCGGUUCCCUCCUGUGCCUCCUCCACAUGUGCCUCAUCCUCCACCUAUACUUUACCCCCCACAUGAUACUUUUGCAGAGCCAUAUCAACCCCAGGGUCGGCUCAAUUUCUGGACCAAAGUACCAAUACACGAGCAUGCCCAUCACGAAACGCGUGGGAUGCCCACGAAUGAUGCAGUGUUGACUGAAGAAGAUGGCGCUGCAAUCUCCGAGGCACAGUCAUCCACGAACACAUCGUUGUUCAUCGGCAAUGUGGGAUUCAACGUCAGCGAGAAGAUGAUCAGCGACGUUUUCGCCUCCAGGGGGUUCUUGGUGAAUGUGCAUCUACCACUAGACGUCGGAACCGACAAGCAUGCUGGAUUUGGCUACCUAUCUUUCCCGUCCGUUCCUGCAGCAAAGGCGGCCCUGGAGGCCUUACAGGGCACACAUAUCGACGGGCAUGCAAUCAACCUGGAAUUCAGUGACCACAGCCCGAUUGCGAGGCUGCGCCCUGAAGAAUCCCGACCCCAGGCUGAAUUAGGCAGCCGGGUGCCUCCUGUUACAGAUCAUAAAUCGAAGCUAUCCGAGCUUCAAGGCUCAGCGGCUACGCUCGCUGGGUCAGAGAAGGCUUCCUCAAAAGAAGGUGGUGAAGAAAAGGGGUCUGCAUCUCCCAGUGGAAAACGUUCCGUCCCGCUGACCGUGGCGGAUCUAUGUUCCAACGACAACCGCAACCUAGGCAAGGCAGUGUCUACCACUACCGGCCUAGAAGGGUCGUCCUUGUCAGAUUCCGAACGGCUCAAUUCGCUCUAUCCGUCACUCCUGCCUGAAGGCGUCCCAGAUCAGGGACCCUCGGAGUCCAACAAUCCCGCCUUUCAUUCUAUCCCUGAUCUCACCCGUGAGUUGGAAGAGUGCCGCUUUCCCCCGGUCUCACAGCUCGAAGCGCACUUUUUAGCUGAGCAGCAUCGAGAAGCCGAAUCAUAUGCUGCACAGGCAAGGUUUCAAGGCAAAACACCCGAGGGUAGCACCGAGGGGCAGAAUGCGAGCAGCGAUGCGGCGCUGCAGGGAUUGCCCGGUACGUUCCCGCAUGAAGGCCGCGAGAACUCGUCGGCACGGCUGGAACAGGUCUCAGGAAGACGCCAGAUGCAUGACAUGCCUGACGAGGGGUCUUUCGGUCCCCGCCGUCACGUUCGACGCUCAAAGACCCAGAGGCCACCUCGUUCAUCUUGGGGAGAUCCUGGUUUUUUUGGGUUCUUGGGAAGGGACAGCCCGCGCAGCAUGUCCGGCAGGAGACCGGAAGGCCGCCAUCGUCAUCGCGGCGGACGUCGCAACAGCUUCGAGAGCCCUUCGCCCGAGAUCCAGCAUGUUCAUCCGGAUGCGAGACAACACAGCAUUGACGAGUGCGUGUCCACCCUGGUAAGUUUGGGAUAUGGAGGGGCAGGCGAUGGUGGAAUUCAGAGAAUCGCGGUGUAUGCAGCGGCAGCGGACGGCAGUCUCUCGGAAGCGAUUGAGAUGAUUGAGGAAGAACGAAAGGCCUACGAGCAACAGGGAUCGACGAUGUGAUGACAACCUUGGUAGUAAUACUUUUUUGCAACUCGAGAUGACCUAAUUUGUUGUUUUCAGGCGGGCUGUGAAUUGAUAGUACUGGCAUGCCUGUGUUUAUUAUAAUUCUCCCUACUCCAGG